AUGACAUCUUUGCAGAUUUUGGGUGGAAUAUGUUUGGGGCUAACAAUAACCUAUGGCACCCCCGUAUGGCUUCUUCUGGGUCCUGCUUAUGGGCUGUUUCUCACCACCGCCAGUGCCACAUUUUUCGGAGCUGCUGUAACUUUUCUUUCUUACCUGCUGUCUAGCCACACCUUCAGAGCUAUUCGCACUACAGUUUUGGAGACAGUGCAGAAUACUGUGGCUUUCAUCUUAUACACCGGAGCCUCUAUUUUUCUACUAAUUCGAACAUCAUUUAUCUUAUGGCCAAUGUAUCUGGUUACCCCAUAUUUCCAAGCUUAUCCUGCAAUGAUGGCCGUCGCGGUUUUUGGUCUGGUCGCCGCAUUGGUUCACGCUAUCGACGCUGUUUGUGCACAUAGAGCUUUUAAACAACGAGGCUAAACAACAACAGCGAAAAAAAAAAAUGCGUUUUUUGAAGGUUAGAAUGUAGUCAGACGUAUUUGCGCAUGCGUGAGCACACUUCAUACUACAGGUGGAUAAACAGAUGUUCACUCAAGAGUCAGAAAACAGCCUCAACAAAUACGCAAAAUUCCAUCCGACAAAAGAAAAAGUUUUCACAUAUUUUGACGUUAUCGACUAUGAUUUCGAAAAAUUCGAAAGCUUACGAUAUAUGACUAUAGGGCCUCAAGUUCUGAAUAAUAUUCUUGUUGGUCUAUGUCUUAGAACAAAAGAAAGUUUCAAUCAAAAUAACUGUUUCUAAAACUUUAUUUCUUUCGUUAAUUCUAGAUUGCAAUUAUAUGUAUUUAUUAUGUACGACA